AUGAAUAGAAACGCAGUAAAGUUUCUUGUUCGUUUUCAUCCUAUUUUUACUUUUUUCAAAGUGGCUGAGUUGUUAUCCUUGACUUCCUGUCCUAACUUUCUCUCUCCAGAUGAUACAUCUUCAGCGAAAACUUGGUUGAUGAUCUACUACUCAAAAACGAAACAGUGUGACUAUCCGGUGACCGCGAACAUCUCACAACUCAAUCUCUCUAGGACACGAUUUGGAGUAAUCAGCUACCGUCACCUGAUAAAAAACAAUUGUCACGCAUUUGUGACACUGGCAUCAAAUCAGCAAAUUAGGAAAUCACAUGUAGUAGUGAGCAUGAAGAACAAAAGAUAUCAAGAUAAAAAGAAAUACAUGAGCAUUCAUGAAGAAAAAGGUAUUUUAAAGCCUAUGGCAUUAUUUUCUCCUUUUUAA